CAAUUGGCUUGUUCUGCAGCCGGCACGGCUAUCCGCUUUCGAGCAGACUGCAGCGACGUCGCUGGGUUGGAGCCGGAAGCCGAAAGUCGGAAGCCGCAUAGCUGGUCUGACCAGCCCGUUCCCCGGUGAUCCGUCGCAACCACCGCUGCUGUCGUCAUCGGCACAUUGAUCGCGGCCCUGGGCGCUCUUGGGGCUGUUGCAGUCCAUCUUUGCCUGCCCAAGAGCUCCCCGCCCAUCGCCCUCGGCCAGCUCCAAUUCGGGUCUUGCAUACCCUGCCCUCUGCCUCCUCCAUCUGCCGCAGAUCAGUCCCGAUCCUCUCCCCCCCCCCAGAUCCGCGAGCGACUCGCUCUCGCAUGCCAGCCGAUCCGCACGCCAUGGAUCCAUUCGUUUCGGUUCCGUUCUGCCCGCAGCCUCAGUUCAUUCCCGAGCUUGGCAUCCUGUCGCCGUGCGUCCUGCGCACGCUCCUGAGUGUUUUGCUGAUCGUAUUUGCGGCUGUCCGAUGGAUUGGAGCCCUGGCCUCUCGGUAUCGCUCUCAUCAGCACUCGGAUGAAGAGGAGCCACUGCUUCCGGAUGACGACGAAGAGCAGCCGGCUCCCUCGGUUCAUGGGUCUUCAAUAGCACCCCCAAAGCCGCUAAGUCCCUCAGCCAGACGCACCAUCGCGGCAGCUCGGCGGGUGGUGCUCUGGACCAUCCUGGUCUCUGGCAUCGAAAUUGCAGGAUUCCUGCUCAGCCGUCUAUCGCCGGGCUCUCUUCCGGCGCCAGCAACACCGCCCCGGGCCCAGUUCAUCGUCCUCUAUACCCUCGCUGUCCUUCCCUGGGCUGCCGAGUAUUUUGCUGCACCGCGAUACCCUCCUACCGUCCCCUCAACGGCCUCCUAUCUGUUCUGGGGAUAUGCCUGGGCUCUCGCCACGAUCGAGGCCGCUCAUCUGUGGGCCUAUCUCGGCAACGCCAGCAAGUUUCCGGAGGACAGCUACGAGGUCGAGGCACCCAGGCCCACGGAGACGGGCGAGCCCGACAAGUAUGCCCCGCCAAAGACCCUCGGGCAGUUUUCCCGUCAUAUCCGGCGGCUCAUGCCGUUCCUGUGGCCAAGCGGCAUCAAGAACUGGAGGUUGCAGCUCAUGGUGAUGUGCUGCGGCGUCCUGCUGAUCCUGGGCCGAGCGGUCAACCUCUGGGUCCCCAAGCAGUACAAGCGGCUGAUCGAAGUCAUGGGCGAUGAUCGACUUUUGGAUAUGCUGAGCACGUCCAGCAGCUUCACACUCGAGCAGCUAGAGUCCGUCAUUCCCUGGCCGGAUCUGCUUCUCUUUGUGUUUCUGCGUCUCCUGCAAGGCAACGGCGGGCUGCUUGCGGGCCUGCAAACGUAUCUGUGGAUCCCGGUUGGGCAGUUCACGACUCGUGAGAUAUCCAUCAAGAUGUUUGAGCAUCUGCACCAUCUGUCGCUGCGCUUCCAUCUGAACCGAAAGACGGGCGAGAUUCUUCGAGUGCAGGACCGAGGCGUCGCAUCCAUUGUUUCGCUCUUGUCGUCGAUCCUUUUCAACGUGAUACCCACGCUCAUCGACAUUGUCGUUGCAUGCAUCUACUUUACGAUGGAAUUUGACUUGACCUUUGGGAUGAUCGUGUUUGUCACCAUGGUGCUGUACCUGAUCGUCACCAUCACCAUCACCGAGUGGAGGACAAAAUACAAGAAGCUCACCAACCAACUCGACAACGAAAUGGAAGCCAAGGCCGUCGACUCGCUGCUCAACUUUGAGACUGUCAAGUACUACAACGCCGAGUCCUACGAGGUCGCGCAGUACACACAGGCCCUGAACAAGUAUCAGCAUGCCGAUCUCAUCAACUCGCUCAGCCAGAGCGCCCUCAACACCGCCCAGAACUUCAUUGUGCAGUUCGGGCUCCUGAUCGGAUGCGGUCUCUGCGCGCGCCGCGUCAUUAUCGAAAAAACUAUGACGAUCGGCGAUUUGGUUCAGUACCUCAGCUACAUCACCCAACUCUACGGCCCACUAAACUACUUUGGCAACUACUAUCGGGUCAUCCAGAAAAACUUUGUGGACAUGGAGAAAAUGCUCGACCUGCUGGAUGAGCCCAUCGAAGUCGACGAUGACCCCAAUGCUGUGCCGCUGGUCGUUACUGCCGGCGAGGUCGAGUUUGAGAAUGUUUGCUUCUACUACGAUGCACGCCGGCCCAUUCUGCGCAACAUAUCAUUCAAGAUCGAGGCUGGAUCGACGGUUGCUCUGGUCGGUCCAACGGGCAGCGGCAAGAGCACAAUAUUGCGCCUGCUCUUCCGUUUCUAUGAUGUGCAGGAGGGCCGAAUCACGAUCGACGGACAAGACAUACGAUCGGUGAAACUGGGGUCUCUGCGCAGCGUCAUCGGAGUCGUGCCUCAGGAUACAGUUCUCUUUAACGACACCAUGCGAUACAACAUCCUGUAUGGCCGUCCGGAGGCAUCCGAAGAGGAGCUGUGCGCCGCCACCAAAGCGGCACAGAUCCACGACUCGAUAUUAUGUUUCCCGGACGGAUUCGAUACCCGCGUGGGCGAACGAGGUCUGCGUCUCAGCGGCGGAGAAAAGCAACGGGUCGCAAUCGCGCGGACGAUCCUAAAAGACCCCAAAAUUGUCCUACUCGACGAAGCCACCUCUGCCCUCGACACGCACACCGAGCGGCAGAUUCAAGCUGCGCUGCAGAGAAUGACGGCCAACCGCACUACGCUGAUCGUGGCCCACAGACUCAGCACCGUCAUCCACGCGGAUGUCAUCCUGGUACUCCACAAAGGCGAGAUUGUCGAACGGGGAAACCACGCAGAGCUUAUGCAGAAGCGGGACGGCGUAUACCACGAGAUGUGGAUGAAGCAGCUUCGAGAUGAGGAGGCCCAUCGCCACGAUGCCCGCGAGAGCCACGAAGCCGGCGACAGCAACGGCAGCAGCUCAAGUGGGAAGAAGAAAGCCAAAAACAAAGUCAAGUGAGAGACCCGAGAGUGAAAGCGGACAAGCAAGCAAGCCGUGUGAGGCGAAGCCUGAAGCACGGUGAUCGAGGAUACACAAAAAUGACGAUGAACAGGAGCGAGAGAGAAAUCACCAUGGCUCGGCCCAGCUUGCAUCGCUGUGCACAAGCAAACAGAUGAUGUGGCGGGUCACUUCUUUGAGGAGACGCUCGACAAUCAUGAAUAUAUACAUAUAUUUGAAGCUAUCCGGC